AUGAUUGCUGCAGAACAUCAUUUUCAGCACCAUGGACAGUUCUCAGCACCCGUCACCGUCCUGCUGGCAAUACUCAUGGGAUUCCUAGUGUUGGUCACCGUCUUGGGCAACGCAUUGGUCAUCUUGGCGUUUGUGGUGGACAAAAGCCUACAGACGCAAGGGAACUUCUUCUUCCUGAACUUGGCCCUGGCAGAUUUUUUAGUGGGUGGGUUUUGUAUUCCCCUCUACAUCCCAUAUAUCCUGACCGAUGAAUGGAAAUUUGGAAAAGGCCUGUGUAAGCUCUGGUUGGUAGUCGACUACCUGGUCUGCACCGCUUCUGGAUUCAACAUUGUCUUGAUCAGUUUUGACCGAUUCAUCUCCGUCACAAGGGCGGUGAGCUACAGAGUUCAGAAAGGGAUGACCAAGAGCACAGUGAUGAAGAUGGUGACAGUGUGGAUUGCAGCAUUUCUCCUUUAUGGUCCAGCCAUUAUCAGCUGGGAGUACAUAGCCCAGCAGAGCAUCAUCCCUGAGAACAAGUGUUAUGCCGAGUUCCACUACAACUGGUACUUCCUCAUGAUCGCCUCCACCAUUGAGUUCUUCACACCAUUCAUCAGUGUCACCUACUUCAACUUAAGUAUCUAUUUCAACAUUCGCAAGCGGACGCCGGUCAGAAGCGAGAGUUCCUUGGCAGCCCGAAAGGACUGUGGACUUCUUUGCUGCAGGAAGAAAGGAGACCACGUCGUAGUUUUCACAAAAAGAGGGGACGAGAGGAAUGAAAAGAUGGACAGCUUCAGCCCUAGCAAGCCUGCGGCGGGGAGGCUCAGCAUCCCUAACCUCCAGACUCACUCAGUAGAGUUUAACAUCAAUCAAGACUUUCCACCUUGGAAGGUAGACAUUCAAACCAAAUCACCGUGGGGCGGUGUCUACAAAGCUCUAGAAAAUAUAUCCGGCACCGCACAGAAAGCAGAGUUGGCCAAUACUGCAGCUAGCCGGUUUAGGCUUUCCCGAGAUAAGAAAAUAGCCAAAUCUUUGGCCAUUGUUGUCUGCAUCUUUGCUGUAUGUUGGGCUCCCUACACUCUUCUAAUGAUCAUCAGAGCUGGUUGUCAAGGGAGAUGCAUCCACCAUGAUCUCUAUGAAGUAUCGUUUUGGCUACUGUGGUUGAAUUCAGCUAUUAAUCCCGUAUUAUAUCCUUUGUGCCAUAUCAGUUUCAGAAAAGCCUUUUUGAAAUUGCUCUGUCCGGCCAAGGCAAAAAUCUACCCUAAUAUUUUUACAUGA